GCAUGCGUUAGAGAAUAACCCUUCUGGCGGGGCUACCCAUAUGCGCACUGACUGUAGCCUACUUAAGUUUUUUUCCAAUCAGCUCUCUUCGCACCCUCGAGGCUCUGCUAUAUCCAAUAGCAUGUAAAGAAAAAGAACGUAAACUAACCUCUCGAAUAGAAAAGGUAAUCUAUUUGGGAAAACGCAUUCAGCCUGACGCGUCUCAUACCCAGGUUUUUUCUCUUCUGCGUUUUGGGACCAGCCUCUUAUUUGCUUUUACGGACCCCAUUGUAUUGAAAGGUCCCAGUUGCAAUAUUUUUUCCAUUGACAUUAAUAACUUGGACAUUUACAGCUGUGUGCUCAAGGAGAAAUCCUGUUCACUUUAUUCCAAGGGACUGAGCCCGCUUUAAGGACUCACCGUUAUCCUGUUCUUGCGUAAAGGGAAAUUAAAAGCAAGAAUGGAAGUUUGUAAAGGUCGUUUACUUGGUAUCACAGUUGCCGUAGCUCAUGGGUUUUUCUCGGGAUCUUUGAAUAUUUUGCUAAAAUUUCUCAUCACGACCUACAACUUCAACUACCUCACUCUCAUCCAGUGCCUCACCAGCACAUUAGCUGCGAUUACACUGGAGAUACUAAGGAGACUGGGCAAAGUAGACAUACCUCCGUUCAGCCUUCAACUGGCUAAAGUCUUCGGAGGUGUUUGUAUUCUGUCCACAUUGCAGUCCACUUUAACACUAUGGUCUCUCAGGGGACUAAGUCUACCCAUGUACGUGGUUUUUAAACGUUGUCUACCGCUGGCCACCCUGGGCAUCGGCGUGUGCGUUCUCAGGAACGGUAUACCGUCAGUGGGGGUCAUCACCGCGGUGCUCAUCACCACCGGAGGAGCGGCUUUAGCUGGUUCUGGGGAUGUGAUGGGUGAUCCGUUUGGCUACGUGACCGGUGUCCUGGCUGUGAUCAUCCAUGCCUCCUACCUGGUCCUGAUUCAGAAGACCAGCACAGACAAUGAAUACGGUCCCCUCACAGCACAGUACUCCAUCGCGAUCAUGGCCUCCCCAGUCCUCCUAAUCUGCUCUGUGGUCAGCAUGGACUCCAUCCACAUGUGGUCCUACACAGGCUGGAGGAACCCAUACAUCUCCGGCAUCUUCUCCCUCUGCAUUUUCAUUGGCUGUGCCAUGAACUUCACCACGCUGCAGUGCACCUACAUCAACUCAGCCGUCACCACCAGCUUUGUGGGCGUGGUGAAGAGCAUCGCCACCAUCACCGUCGGCAUGGUGGCCUUCAACGACGUGGAGCCCACCGGCCUGUUUGUGGCCGGCGUGGUGGUCAACACUGUGGGCUCUGUCACCUACUGCAUUGUCAAGUACUUUGAGACUAGGAAGAAGACCCUCUACCAGGACCUUGAGGAGCAAAGCAAGGACGAGAGCCUGCCUGGACAGCCUUACAUCGAGGAGAAGACACCCAAUGGAGGCCUGGAGCCCCUUCCCAAUGGUCACGGUGGGUCCAAUGGAGGAUCGAUUGAACAGGUCCCCACAAAUGAGCACGUCCUGGCUGACCAGAGCCUCCAUGACUACCCACCCCCAGACACCAGUAACAGCCUUGAUUCUGUAGAUCUCCAGAGAGAGGCUUUUCAUAACGAGAACCGGGCCAACCGGGCCAACCAGGCAAACCAGUCCGCGAGUGACAGUUAUGUGGGGGUGUGGAGGUCCAUCCGAAAUCUGCGGUUUUUGAAGAAAGACCCCUUAAUUGAUAAUAUGGAGGUGCAAAGUCCUUGAUGGGGAAAUCUCCUCAUUCCCAAAGGGUGCAUGUUGUGUCAGUUGUUUGUAGGAUUAUUUUCUUUUUAUUUGUGAGACUGGUUUGACAUUGGUCACUGAUUCAUGUUUUGAGAUCUGUAUUUUUCUCACAAACACACACUCAUGGAGGCAACAGAUUAUUUUUGGGAAGAUUGAGUGUUUAUAUGAAUUGGAAAAUAUACACUAAUUAUCCAUGAAAACGUUUAUCAGUCAUGUUAAUAACAGGUGAAUUAUUGAUGGUAAAUUGCUAAAACUAGGGGUCAAAGGCAUCUGAAGGACCAUACUGAUGGCAUAACACCUCCACUUUCCCCAACCCCUAUUUUGCCAUAUGGUAAGCCAAAUGAAAGGGCUGUUUGAUAAUGUAUUAGGUUCGGUUUAAACCGAUGUGAAACGUUACCGACAUGUUGAAGAAAGAUUAAUUCCAGUUUUGUAUGAUUCCUUCAUUCACAUUCGCACGUGAUGUUACUGCCUGUCCAGAUACUGUAUGAUCCUAAAAUUGUGUUAAUUUGCCAAGUGAAGUGCAGUAGCCACAUCAACUGCAUGUACAACGCAAAGUCAAUUUAAACAAUUUUUAUGAAAUCUUU